AAGUGGGGAUAAGCGAGAGAAAGGGGCCCGGAGAAAAUCACUUUGGUACUUAGAGUGGUCUGUAACUUUUUUCCCAUCUUCCUCCUUCAGGGACAAGAGGAGGAAGAGAAGUUAUUGUGGAGUUGAUGAACUUUGCACAUCCAGAAACGCCAUUUUGAUUCCUUUUCCGGAACAACUUUUCAUCUUUUUUUUCCUUUCAAGCCCAUCAGUCACCAUCAAAUCAUGUCGCGGCGCAAACAGGACAACCCCAGUAGAGUCGAACCUCCCUGAGAGCAGCAGCAGCAGCAGCAGCAGCAGCAGCAGCAGCAGCAGCAGCAGCGUUUUUGCUUGCAGGACCUGAAACUCAUCCAUAUUAAAACGUCUGAGCUCAGGAUCCGGCCAGAUCACCUCCUUCUCGUGGUGCAAAGUUUAUUUUUAACCAGGAACUACAAGGACUUGGAUGGUGUGCGAUCCGCCAGCGAGCACAUCUUUUAAAGCAGCUGUUUUUUGGUGCUCCAGCAGUCUUGGCAUUGAAGUGUGACACAGCUGCUGUCAGUCAGCUCUCCUCCAACUCGGCCCAGCCAGUGCCAGCCGUUCAGUAAGGGUUGAGAAGACAACAGGGAAGAGGAAAAGGCUCAAAACCUUGAACUGCAACUCUGUGACAUCAAAUUCACUUAGCAGCUUGGAAGGUUUGGAUCUGUCUUCCAUUAACACCAUGAUGUCAGCAGUAAUGAGUAUGGGGAGGGUGGCUGAGAAUGGUGGAAAUUCGCAAAACAUCAAAUCCCCAGCAAAAUCCUCAGGACUGAAUCGAAUUGGCAGGAGGAAUCAGGAAACUAAAGAAGAAAAGUCUUCUUAUACCUGUCCUCUGUGUGAAAAGAUUUGCACUACACAACAUCAGUUAACUAUGCACAUUCGGCAGCACAACUCCGACACUGGAGGAACAGAUCAUGCUUGUAGCAUCUGUGAAAAGUCUCUGAGUUCGGCAAGCUCUCUGGACCGCCACAUGCUGGUGCAUUCUGGGGAAAGGCCAUAUAAAUGUUCUGUCUGUGGACAGUCCUUCACCACCAAUGGAAACAUGCACAGACAUAUGAAGAUUCAUGAGAAAGAUCCUAACAGUACUGCAAAUACAGUUACCCCAUCUCCUUUGAAAUGCAGGCGGCUCACCUCCAAAAGGAAACUGAGUCAAGAGGCUGAAGCUGAGAAAGUACUGACAUCCGCAAAAAAGGUGGUCGGCCGUUCUCCAUCAGGUGAAACAGAAAAGAGAGCCAAUGAAGUUUUCCACUGCCCAGUGUGUUUUAAGGAAUUUGUAUGCAAGUAUGGGCUGGACACUCACAUGGAAACCCAUCUAGAUAACUCACUAAGAUGUGAAGUUUGCUGUAUUACCUUCCGUACCCACCGGGGACUGCUCCGUCAUAAUGCAAUUAUCCACAAACAACUACCACUAGACCCAACAGGAAAGCCUUUCAUCCAGAACAACCCUUCGAUUCCUGCUGGUUUCCAUGAUUUAGGAUUCACUGACUUCUCCUGUAGGAAGUUUCCUCACAUUUCUCAGGUCUGGUGUGAGACAAAUCUGCGAAGAUGCAUCAGUGAAUGUCACCGUUUUAUCUGUGAAAGUUGUAACAAGGCAUUCCCUAUGCUCUCCGCUCUGACACUGCACAAUCAUACUCACGUCGGAGAACAGGGAAAUGACAAGCUAAAACGCCAGCCCAAUCCCACAGUUGUUGAGAGCCCAGACCAGAAUAUCUUCAUGGCGUCCUUGGGCCUACAAUCCACCAAAGACAUCCAACCCACCCCUCAGGAGUCAUCGACAUCAGUUGGCAUCCGUGCACUCUGGCUCGAGACACAGGUGAGCCACCUACCUCAGGAUCUCGACAGCCCUGCCCUGCUGAGCAUGUCAGCCCUGGACCCCUCUUGCCUGGGGAACUCACUAAUGGUUAUCCCUCCAACCAAGGAGGCAAUGAAGCCCCUGUCCCUGCAGCCCUUUCAGAAUGGCUUCAUAAUUCAGCCAGACAGCGCCAUCGUCGUCAAACCCAUCUCCAGUGAGUCGGCCAUUGAGCUGGCUGAUAUUCAACAAAUCCUGAAGAUGGCCUCUGCCAUCCCCCCUCAGAUCAGUCUCCCUCCGCUCUACAAGGCCCCCCCGGCACCCAUGCAGUCCAUCUUCAAACACAUGCCCCCGCUGAAGCCAAAGCCCCUGGUGACCCCUCGAACCGUUGUGGCAACCUCCACCCCACCACCUCUGAUUAGUGCCCAGCAGGCCUCCCUGGGCUGUAUUAGCCCUAGCUUCCCACCUCCCCCACUGAUCAAGAAUACAGUGGAGGCCACCUCCAGUUCCCUGCUGCAGUCUCAGCUAGGGGCUCAGCCCCAAGCGGCCGUGCAGCUCUUCUUCCAACCACACUCUGAGGCCCCUGGGCAGCCUGAGGUGAAGGCGCAGCUGGAGCAGGACUGCAUCAUUGAGGCCCUGCUGCCCUUGAAUAUGGAGGCCAAGAUCAAACAGGAAGUGAUGGAGGGGGACCUAAAAGCCAUCAUUGCUGGAGUGACCAGCAAGAAGACCCAGACCACGCGCAAGGUCUUGUACCCCUGCCGUUUCUGCGACCAGGUGUUCACCUUCUCGGGAGUCCUCCGGGCCCACAUCCGAUCCCACCUGGGCAUCUCCCCAUACCAGUGCAAUAUCUGCGAUUACAUUGCAGCCGAUAAAGCUGCCUUGAUCCGCCACCUGCGCACCCACAGUGGGGAGCGGCCCUACAUCUGUAAGAUUUGCCAUUACCCUUUCACCAUCAAGGCCAACUGUGAGCGUCACCUGCGCAAGAAGCACCUCAAGGUCACUCGGAAGGACAUCGAGAAGAAUAUUGAAUACAUCUCCAGCAAUGCUUCUGAGAUGCUCAACUCCUUCUGCUCCCUGGAUACUGUAUGCCGGCUCUGUGGGGAGGAUUUGAAACACUACCGGGCCCUGCGAAUCCACAUGAGGAACCACAGCGGUGGCUGCCAGAAGGGCCACAAGCCCUUCAAGUGCAAGGAGUGCAGCACAGCCUUUUCUGCCAAGCACAGCUGUGUCCAUCACAUCCUCAAGCAGCACUUGUAUGUGCCAGAGUACGAGAUUGAGAACUACAUCAUGACUGUGGACCACAGAGAGGGCAGGUCCCAGGAAGGACCACUUCCUAACUCAUCAUCUUCCUUGUCAUACUCGUCAUCCUCUUCCUGCUCCUCUUCUAAUUCCACUUCCUCCUCCUCCUUGCCACACAAGGGGAGCGGCAGGGGUACCUGUGGUGUCCUCUCACCUUUGGCUGCUGUCCUUGAGCCACAGAAUGGCUUCUUGUGUAGGGGGCCACCACCAUCUCACAUCUCCAUCAAGCUAGAGCCAGCGAGCAACUUCCCACCAGACUUCAGUGAACCAUUAGACUUCUCGCAGAAGAGCAAGGACCCAAGCCUUGUUCAUAUGAAGCAGGAGAAUCCCUCCAUUUUCGUUCCUUCUUCCCUGGCCCCGUAUGACUACUUGAUGGAGCCCAUUGACCUGUCCAUUCCCAAGGGCUUCCGGCAUGACAUUGAUGGCUCUCUGGUCUCUGAAGAGGCCUGGAACCCAGACCCAGGUCCUGGAGGCAGUGAUCCACCUAUUGGCUGUUCGCCACCGUGCCCAAACUUGUCUGUGAUCUUUGGAUCCAGUGGGAGUUUAGAAAAGCCUGCAGCAGCAGCCACCACAGUCCCUGUUCUUCAGCACCUGCCCCAGCUCCUGAAAGGCCCUUUACACCUCACUGUACCCAUCAUCUCCCCUGCGAUCCUGAGCAACACAGCCCUGCUGCGCCCCCUGAGGCCCAAGCCACCACCUCCCCUCCUGCCAAAACCCUCUAUAGCUAAAGAGCUGCCCCCCUUGGCCUCCAUUGCCCAGAUUAUCUCUUCUGUAUCAUUGGCACCGGCCUUGCUGAAGACAGAGGUGGUUGACCGUGGUUUCAGUCUGACCAACAACUCUUUGAGGCUGGAAAAACCCGGGGUCACCAAGCCCAAAGGGGCGCCUGCCACUGCAGCCAUCCUGAAAGAGCCUGGAGACCUGCCUCUCCCAAGAGACAGCCCUGGAGCUGCCUCCCCAGAGCAGGGGCUGGCUAGCUCUUUUAAGAAGCGGGGCCGGAAAAGAGGUACCAAGAAUCAGGCCAGAGCCAUUGGCAGCAGUGUCGACUUGGAGUCAAGUGGUGAAUUUGCCAGUAUUGAAAAAAUGCUGGCCUCCACCAACACAAAUAAGUUCAGCCCAUUCCUGCAGCCCACUGAUGAUCACGUCAAGGAGGAGGCGGUUACUGCAGCUGCUGCUGACUGGAAAAGGAUGAGCAAUGACGACCAGGAUGGCCCUGAGGGCAAGCAGCAGCAGAGGGGCAAGCAGAACCCUAACACCAACUGCAUUCAGAAGGUCACGUGCCCUUUCUGCCCGCGGGUCUUUUCUUGGGCCAGUUCCCUCCAGCGGCAUGUGCUCACUCACACUGAUAGUCAGUCCGAUCUAGAGAUGCCAGCCAAAGGAAAUGGAGUAUUAGACCUGACCUCCAGAGAGAGACAGCCAGGGACAGUUGCUGUGCUCAGCCAUGAAGAAGAAGACUGGUCUGCUGAUGGACAAGAGAAGCAGCAAGCUGAUUCACCUGAGGAAGAGGGUGUGGGUAACAAGGAAGAGGAGGAAGAAGAUGAAGAAGAAGAGAAGGAAAAAGAAAAAGGAGAAAGCAAGGAGGGAGAAGAGGAGGAGAAGGAGGAAGGUUUGGAAGAGAAGGAUGAGGAUGACUCUGUCAGCAAUAAAAGCCUUGACCUCAGUUUUGCCAGCAAGCUAAUGGACUUCAAGCUUACAGACAGUAAUCAGAGCCUGGGAGGCAGUGGCUUGUCUUCCCAAAAUGAAAAGAAAUAUGCCUGUGACAUCUGUGGAAAGAGUGUCAAGUUCACUACAUCCUUGAGCUGCCACAAGAAGUCUCAAAUCCAUGAACACAGGAAAAAUGAGAAGACCAGUGAGGAUGAGAGCAGGAGUGGACCAGAGGGGACCUCAGAUACCCCUUCUGGUGACGUAGAACCUGAGCAGGAAGAAAACCCGGUAAAUUUGAAAUUGGUGGUGUCCCCAGAGGUGGGCAAGGCCCCGCCUGGAAAGAAGAAUGAGGAAAGCGAGAGUGGCUCUGAUGGGGAGAACAUGGUAGAGAGGAAGUCCUCUGAGAAGAGUGACGAUGACAAGAAACAAAAGACCAAUGGGGCAAAAAGUGUCAGCAAGGCAGACAAGAGAAAAAAGUUCUGCACUGUGUGUAACAAACGGUUCUGGUCCUUGCAAGAUUUGACAAGACACAUGAGAUCCCACACAGGAGAAAGGCCUUACAAGUGUCAGACCUGUGAGCGGACCUUCACCCUGAAACACAGCCUGGUCCGUCAUCAGCGCAUCCAUCAGAAAGUUAAAAACACCAGGUACCAAAGCAAAAGCAGCGACAAGGAGGAGAGAAGUCAAAAUGACAGUGAGAACGAGUCUGCACACAGUGGUGCAAAUCCCAUCUCAGAGAAUGAAGGCGACUUGAAUCUGGUACUGGGCAGCCAUUUGGCCAUCACCCAGAGCCGAAGGGAGAGUUUGACUAGAGCAUUCAAGGAUACGGGUCACAAGGAGGAGUCUGCCGGAGAGGGAAUGGCUGGGGUCGGCCUGGCUGAGCCAAGUAAGAAUACAUAGAAGCCAGCUUCUGGAAGGAGUGUUCAAGAGCAGGAGUUUCAGGGUAACACUGAUGGCAAGAGCCCAUCGGUUUUCAUUCAGGACCUCCUAGGUGGGCAUGGCAAAGUGAAUCACAUUUUUGCCUCUUCAGACAGUGCCCCUCAACUGGUGGGGGUGGAAUGACUUUGUGAACUCAGCACUGUCCUUUCCUCCAUCCCCAGCACAUAAACUAAAGCCAGCAGAGCAAAGUAUUUAGAAUCUGUGGCAGAAGAGAUUUCCUCAAGUGACCUUUGAUGAGGAGUGACAGGAAGUAACCAAGCAUGAAAGCAUGGCAGACUGAAUCUAGUGCCAUAGCUUUUUCAGUAUAAUGAUUCAAGGGACUACACUGUAUACUGAUACAGAUAUGAGUGCCUUACUACUUUACUAGAUCUUUUAGUAUCAUAGUUUUUUUAUUCAAAACAAUUUAAAAAGACACGAAGAUUUAAUGAAUUAGUUGGAGAUGACCUUUUUCAUCUAAGCAUUAAUGUUACCUUUUUUCUGUUCUCUGAGCUGAAACUGGGAAGAAGGCAAUGCCAUUGGAUACUCUAUAGCCAAUAACUGGAAGAAAAUUAGUGAAUUUCAUUUAAAAGUACCAGAGGAAAUGUGGAUGAGACUCAUUUCUCAGAUAGAUUUGUUUUUGCAUUUACUUUGUGAUGGCACUGUAAUCUGGCUCCAGGUAUUCAGAGUUGUGGGAAAGGAAGGUAUUCAGAAUUGGUACAAGCCAAAACUACGAAAAAUUCUAGCUUCAGUCUCAAACUAAUUCCCACUCUUUGGUAUUAGAAAUUUCGUUCUUGUUAAUGUUUCAAGACUUUCUUUCGUGACUGAAUGGACAGAGAAGAGUUUCUUUAGCAAGUUAGCCUAUGGAAAUUAUGCACAGCUGUCCUAUAUCUUUGAUUUUCAUU